AUGGAUAACUUUGUUCCAAAUAUGAACAACUCUAAACAACUACGACAACCAAAAGUCAUACAGGUGUACGAAACGGACUCUAAGGGACAAGAGAGAGAAACAGAUAAGUAUAACAAGUCAAAGAAUUUCUAUGAUGAAACCGCAACGGCUAUGAACAACCUAUCAAAUAAUUCCCACAGAGACAAUUUGGACAAGGUGGAUCCCAAAUGGAGAUAUGUACGAUUGGGGCUGUUAUUUGGCUUCUGUGUCAUAAUGAUUAGCAUACUGGUUGCAUUUGCUACUUACUGGUUUUCAGGAAUAAAGGAUUUGGAGAAACGUGAAUCACAAUUUUGGAAGUCUGCUGUUGGUUAUUGGCUAGAUGUAUUCGAUUUCAAAGAUUCCUCUGGCGACUUCGUUGGUGAUCUGACUGGUCUCAUAUCGGAGGUGGACUACAUCAAAAGUAUAAUUGGGGCAGGAUAUGUGAUACUAGGUCCCAUUACAAAAGGCUUCUAUACAAACCGAUACAAAGUAAUUGGACUGGUGGAAGAUUACAAAGAAUUAGACAAUGCAGUUGGCACAGUGGAAGACUUCCGACACCUUAUAAGAGAAUUUCACAAACAAGAUUUGAAGAUCAUCUUGACCUUAGAUUUCAAUUCAGUGUCGACCCGCCAUAAUUGGGUUAUACAGAAUGAAGCUAAAUUGGUGAAAUAUCCAAAAAAUCUGGAUGUCAUGAAUUCCCUGGCUGAAGGACAUGGUGAAUCAGUUCUCGGUCUCGUUCGAAGUCUUGUAGCUCUCCGUGAAAAUCCCAGUUUGAAGUGGGGAGCUGUGAAGUUCAUUCAGCCUCCGACCAAUUACAAUCAAAUGUCUAUUUCACAUACUGAACUUAGUUCAUUCACCUCUCAAUGGAUUAAUAGGAAAUUAUAUACACUUAUGUUUGUUAUCUAUUCACCGAAUGCUUCGAGCAAAGAAUAUCCUAUGGUUAUGGAUAACUCAGGAUCUGAAAUCUAUACUGAUGAAAUGUGUACAGAUGAUACUAAAUCAUGGUUACUUUUGGGUUUGAAACAACGUGGUUUUGGUAAGGGAAGAUGGAAUGGAUUUGGUGGGAAAGUGCAAUCAGAUGAUACAAAUCCAAAAACGGCUGCACUACGUGAGUUAGAAGAGGAAUCUGGUCUAGUAAUUAAAGAGUCAGCAGUAGAUGAAGUUGGUCGUUUAUGGUUUACGUUUACAGAAACACUCGAGUGUAUGGAGGUGUAUGUAUUUGUCUGUAGAAUGUGGACACCUACAUUUUGUGGGGAUACAGCUAAAUGGCCGUGUUACACAGAAGAAAUGCAUCCAGCUUGGUUUCCACUUGUUAAAAACAAGGAUAAUGUAUUAAGUAUCUCAUAUCUACCUUUAAAACAUAUGUGGCCUGAUGACAGUUUAUGGCUUCCUCACAUACUUCAAGAAAAUCUCGUUCUUGGUUGGUUUCAUUUCACUCGAAUUUCUCAUCAAUCGAUUGUACCAAGUCAGAAUCUGACGGAUUGUUCAAUAGAAACUGAUGGUCUCUGCAUAGAUCCAUAUGAAAUACCAGCUUAUCAUAUGGAGUUAUUUGCUAAUGAACAUGAUAGUAGUUCUUCUAACGGAGAGAAGGAUUUCAAAUGCUCCAGUAUUCAACAGAUCAUUGAUCAUUUGAAUAUAGAUAAAUGUGAUGAUAAUUUAAGAUUAUGGAUGAAUUCAUCUUUAUACCAAGUUUAUGACAAGUCUUCUUGUCUGCCUAUAAAAGUUAUCCACUAUCCAUUGGAUGAAAAUAUCAUUUUCAAUCAAAACAUACAUAAAAUCAACACUAAUGAUACAAGAGAAAAAAGAAUGAAAUAA